CGGAGAGGACGCAUGUGGCAAGUCUCGGCUGGUUGGUUUGGCUGUGUGCAUGGAUGUAAAGCCGACGGCUCUCUUUCGGUGAAUGCAUGGAUGAUAAGAGGACGUUCAGAUAAUUGAUAAGGGAGGAUACAGCUGCUGGCACACAUUACAAUACAAUUCCUGCGUGCGGUAUGGACGGGUUGCAGGCAGAAAAUGCUGGAGUUGGCGGCAUCGGGGAAGACGCAGAGGAGAGGUAUCGCGCUCUAGCCUAUGACACUGCUCUGAGCACUUUGGUGGCAGUGGCCGUGUAUGUGGUGGUGAAAGUGAGCCUGGACGGCAUUAGACAGUGGCGGGCCAGGAUCUCGGUGCUCAUCGUGGGUUCGGGACCUGUGGGGCUGACGGCCGCGCUGGUCGCUGUCCGCUCCGGUAAGGUGCUGAAACUGACCGUGCUGGAUGAGAGGUACCGGACUGCCUUGCUCUGCCGGCCCCAGCAGAUCGCCCUGGAUCCCCGGAGUGUGAAGUUUCUGCUGGGACUCGGGGUGGACUUUGAUAACAUGGAGGGCUGUUGGCACAACGAGCAUUUUUUCACCAGGAUAGGCGUGUUUCAGGAGUACCUACUUAGCAUCCUGGAGCAGAAGAAACAGAAGGUGGACGUCAAGGUGCAGCUGGGAACCAAGUUUACGGAGGAAUACCUGCGGCGGAUCCCACGGAAUGAGUGGCCACGUGUGAUUGUGGUGGCUGAUGGGUCAUGUGGCGACUCCUGCUCGGUGCUGGGCAUCAGCUCUGACUACACUGUGGAGUCCUGCCAUGCCUAUGGAGCUAAUGCAACUAUAGAGAGACUAGACCAGAGACAGGUACCCACUCCUGAGAUCCGUGCCCACAGCCUCUACUUCGACCUGUCCGCUUACGGAGUGGAGGCCCCCCGAGAGCACCGAAAUGCCCAGGCCAAACCUGGCUUCCACGUGAAGAUCUAUGGCACCUUCAGAAAUCGCUACAUGGCCCUCGCCUGCCCCGCCUCUGACACAAAGAUGGUUCGCUUCCUCAGGCACACAGCCAACUCAUCUAUCAUGAAGAACAUUUUCCACCAAUCCUUCAAUGUCUAUAAGACGGACAUAGAGCCCCGUCUCAACGACGUGACGCUCCACCACAUGCAGUGCAGCCGUCGUCUUUUUGAGAUUCAGUUAUCACACCGACGCAUCAGUGCUGCCUACAUAGAGGGGGACAAUGUGGCGGUCACUGUGGAGGGGGAGGCGGCACGCGUCCUCAACUUUGACACAGGUUGUGGGGUGAAUUUAGGUAUGCGGGGUCUGGAGUCCAUGGGGACGUUCAUUUACCGGACAGCCACCGCUGUGGACCAGAAUGAUAUUCUAGAGGCACUGUCGGCUAAGAUGCAACACUCAAGACAGGUGGCUGAGACCUUCAAGCUGACAGACCUGGCUCAAUCAAUGUAUGAAUGAAACACGAUGCCGACCUGGUGAAUGCAUAAUGCCACCGAGUGGAAAGUGGGGGUGGAUUAUUUGCUUUUACAAUAAGAGCUGUGAACAGAUGGAUAAUGGACGUAAACAUGUAAGUCUUUGUGACAUAGAGUGAGUGGAUCUACAGUAUUAGUAAUGGACGGAGCGAGAAUAGCCAAGGCCACAUUUGGUACAAUACUUUUGAAGCUGUUCUGAUUUUCAGGUUGCAAAGCUUGUCAACACAGCACACUGUGGCAGAAAGAGAUAUCAUCUUUGACUGUUGCAAUGAAACAAUAUGACUACUAAUGCACUGCACCUUGGAUUUGGAUUCCUCUGUAAAGUGUGACAAUGUAGGGGAAAGAAAUCUAGCCUGAAGAGGUUAGGAGUAGUUGGAAUAAAUGAAAACUCUGAUCCUUAUUAUUUUCAUCACUAUUGUCUUCUCCUGUUUCUUGGGGGGAAAAAUUGACUGGAUUUCCAAAGUCUAGCCGAUUGUGCUCUCUGGACAUCAGUGGUGCUUGGGGAAAUGAGCAAAGUGGAAAGAACUUAAGAUGUGUAUUGUGCCGUAGCAACAUCAGCUAGAACUGAAUAACGUAUAAAACUGUAAUUGUCCUUGUAGAAUCAGAUGAAACCCAAAGUGUAAUUAUCAAGCUAUUGUCUUUGUGUUUUUUUUAAAUUGUUGUGGUAAUUGUGGUGAUGGCAUUAUAAUGUAUAGAUUGGCCUAUUUUGUGUGCUGCCUUGUAAAUCAAGAUUGUUGGUGUAUUUCUAAUCAGUCCCUCCAGGAUUACGCGACAUCGCAAUCUCAACAAUUCACGCAAAUUCAACCAAUCACCGUGAAUUCGGUGUGACUCGCAAUUUUGACCAAUGUGAUCAAAAACUGGAGUUUCCCACGACUUCAACCAAUCACAGCAGUCCCACGUGCCAGACUUUGCGUCAGUAUGUGACUCUGAGAGCCAAUGACCAAGCGGGAGUGAGAACGGGUUGACGUAACACACGUUUGUUACCGAAUUAAUUUCCCUGUUUCUGAUAUGAAGACAAGACGUGAACAUCUCACAUUUACCAACAAUACGUACAGCGAAAGACCGUGC